CGACGUAGGCGCGAGGCGGCGAUCGAGGAUGAGUUUGAAGCUGUUCGUGGACAGAAAGGCGGGCAGAGUGGUGUAUGCCGAAGCCAACAAAGACUUUGUGGACUUGUUGAUAUACCUCCUCUCUCUGCCUGUCGCCUCCCUUUCCAAACACCUCCACAACGCCUCCGCUUGCUCCCUCGGAAUCCUCCACAAAAGCGUCAUGAGCCUCAGCGACGCCUACAUUCAUCCGACCAAGGUCAGGGGCUCUGUUUUCAAAGAAAAUGAAUCUCUAUUGUCUUCCUUCACGCCUUACCUCUUGCCCGGCGACCUGUUCACCGGCACCAACACCGGAAGCCGUGUGUCUAUUGUCGCCGAUAUGGCCUCUGGAUAUGUGAAAGAGGCUGUGACGUAUAUGGUGACGGAUGACUUGCAAGUGAAGCCACACUCUACUUUGAAUGCCAUUGACAUGAUGAAGUUGUUUGGGAUCAAGGACUUUUCCUCCCUUGAGGAGGUCUUGGAUGCUACUUUUGGACGUGAUGAGGCUCUGAAGCUGCUGAAUGCUGCGUUGACCUCUACAUCGCUACUCAUCAACAAGAAGGCCCAAAAGGUGGUCUUUGCGGAAGCGGAGAAACCGUUCGUGGAUUUCUUGUUCUACAUCAUGUCUUUACCCGUGGGAACCGUCAUCAAACUUGUGACCCAGAAAGCCAUGGUGGGGUCCCUCGGAAAUCUCUACGGCAGUAUCGCUGACCUCAGCGACACCUUCCUUCAACCUGGGACCGACAAGGACACCUUGCUGAACCCGAAAAUGCCAGUUCUGUCCACCGAUGAUGUCCCACUCCUCAUGCCGCCUGCCGGCGCCGGAAGAGGCCCUUCUUCAGAGAGGAAGAAGGUUUAUGUAUGUAGUAGAGCGUACAACGGUAAUUGCCGCAACUAUGGGCGGUACACAGAUGACCCGGAUACAACGUGUCCCAGCUGUGGUGACGGGUACUACAUGGACGCCGAGGGGAGGUACGUAGCGCCGCCGAACACGGCGGAGGCGGCGUCGUCAACAAGGGCUGAAGGCGGUGGGUACGUGAGAGGAGUGGCGACGUACACGGUGAUGGAUGACCUGAAGGUGGUUCCCCAUUCGUCCAUUUCUACCAUUACCGCACUGAAUGAGAACGGGGUUAAGGAUUUUGGUUCCCUUGAGGUCAAACUUGUCCAAUUGGGUGUUGAUGAGGGGCUAAAGUUGUUGAAGGCUGCUUUGCAAACUGAUUCCGUUCUUACAACGGUUUUUCUUUCCAAGUGAAGUCGGCGCAAAUAUGAAUGUGCAUCAUAUCAUAUCAUAUCCAUGUAUGUGCUGGGAAUUGAAGUACUAUGUGUUUUGAACUUUGAUUUUUUUGCUUUUAACUUUCGAGCAUGUGUGUAGUGUACCAUUUAUAUAUGGUGCCUGCGCAGCCUUCUUUUGUAUCCCUUGUUGGACGUAACAAUCCCUUUUUGAACAAGUAUGUUGUUGGAUUUGAACAAUCCCUUUUUAUCAUUGAGAGGUUAUAUUUUGGUCUCAUUUAUGAACCUAUAUAUGACUUGAAUGCAUUUUCUUUUUACCAUAUAAUUUCUUGCAUAUAAGUUAGGAGUAUAAUUAAUUCCUCGAAAAUAAAUGUCAUAUUCCUAGGCAACUAUAGUAAAUAAAUGUUGUUGCU